CGCAGCCAAUCACGGCAGGGGCAGUCAUUCCCUUCCGUGUCUGGAGCCCGGCCGCUACAAGGUGUUUGGUUACGUUUGUCCUGUGCGAGGCCCCGUCCUCAAGACCGAGACGCGUCAGGGUCAGAAAGAGGAGGGAGUCCAGGACGUAGAAGGGAGCCGAGCCGGCAGCGGCGGGGCAGCCGGAGGGGGGCGAUGGCGGCGACGGCGGGGGCCUAUGAGAAGCUGAAGCUGCACAUUACACCAGAGAAGUUUUACGUGGAAGCUUGUGAUGAUGGAGCAAAUGAUGUUCUUGCCAUUGACAGAGUCUCCACAGAGGUCACUCUUACAGUUAAGAAAGAUGUUCCCCCUUCAGCUGUUACAAGGUCUAUAUAUGGUAUUUUGGGAACAAUCCGUCUGGUGGCAGGGAACUAUCUCAUUGUAAUAACAAAAAAGAAAAAAGUAGGUGAAUGUUUCAAUCAUGCAGUCUGGAAAGCAACUGAUUUUGACAUCCUCUCCUACAAAAAGACCAUGCUGCACUUAACUGAUAUUCAGUUGCAGGACAAUAAAGCCUUUUUAGCAAUGCUUAGUCACAUCUUGAAUGUGGAUGGAUUUUACUUCUCUACAACAUAUGACCUAACCCACACUUUGCAAAGGUUAGCCAACACCAGUCCAGAAUUCCAGGAAAUGAGCCUACUAGAGAGGGCAGAUCCACGGUUUGUAUGGAAUGGGCAUCUUCUUAGAGAAUUUGCUGCUCAGCCAGAGAUCCAUAGGUUUGCUCUUCCAGUGAUGCAUGGAUUUAUAGCUAUGCACUCUUGUUCCAUUAAUGGAAAGUAUUUUGACUGGCUGCUUAUCUCUCGAAGAAGCUGUUUCAGAGCUGGUGUACGUUACUAUGUGAGAGGUAUUGAUUCAGAAGGCCAUGCAGCUAAUUUUGUUGAAACGGAACAAAUUGUACAUUACAAUGGGAGCAAAGCUUCAUUUGUCCAGACCCGUGGAUCAAUUCCUUUUUUCUGGUCACAGAGACCAAACCUCAAGUAUAAGCCAAAGCCACAGAUCAGCAAAGUAGUAAAUCAUAUGGAUGGCUUCCAAAGACAUUUUGACUCUCAGAUAAUUAGCUAUGGAAAACAAAUGAUUGUUAAUUUGGUUAACCAGAAGGGCUCAGAGAAGCCUCUUGAACAAACAUUUGCAAAAAUGGUAAACAGCUUGGGAAAUGGAAUGGUCAGAUAUAUAGCAUUUGACUUUCAUAAAGAAUGCAGUCGAAUGAGGUGGGACCGACUCCAACUUUUGAUGGAUCAACUCUCAGAACAACAAGAUGAGUUUAGUUAUUUUCUAGUUGAUUCUGAUGGUAAAGUGGUGACUCAGCAGGACGGAAUAUUCCGCAGUAAUUGCAUGGACUGCCUGGACCGGACUAAUGUGAUUCAGAGCCUAUUAGCACGUCGUUCUCUGCAAGCACAGCUUCAGAGGCUAGGUGUUCUGCAUGUUGGACAGAGAAUUGAAGAACAAGCAGAAUUUGAAAAAAUCUACAAAAAUGCAUGGGCUGAUAAUGCAAAUGCUUGUGCCAAACAAUAUGCUGGAACUGGUGCCUUAAAGACAGACUACACAAGAACUGGGAAGAGAACUCAGUGGGGUCUAAUAAUGGAUGGCUGGAACUCAUUAAUACGUUACUACAAAAACAACUUUUCUGAUGGAUUUAGACAAGAUGCUAUCGAUCUGUUUCUUGGAAAUUAUUCAGUGGAUGAAGUAGAGUCUGUCAGCCCUCUACAUACACAGAAGGACUGGAAGUUCUUGGCUUUGCCUAUUAUUAUGGUCGUUGCUUUCUCAAUGUGCAUUAUCUGUUUGCUUAUGGCUGGUGAUACAUGGACUGAGACACUGGCUUAUGUGCUCUUCUGGGGAACUGCAAGCUUUGGAACUUUAGCUAUCAUCUUUUACAAUGGCAAGGAUUUUGUAGAUGCACCAAAACUGGUCCAGAAAGAGAAGAUGGACUGAAUUUGUGUGUGUGGAAAGCGGCUUAGCAUGGAGGACUCCUCAAGCCAUACUUGGAGUCUCUACUGACCUGCUUUCCACACCAACUAGUGGUCUUUCUAGCUUUCAUCUUUGUGGAGAGAAAAAGUAAAUUGGGUCCUUCACUUGGUGGUGGUAAUUUACAGUUGUGAUCUGGUUUUACAGUUUUAGUCACAAUGAUCUUUGGAAUAUUGCAUUAAUUGGGGAGGUUGCGCUCAUAACAAGAUAUUUUGGCUUUCACCUGUAAGUUUCAUCAGUGUUGUCUGUGGAGUAUUACAGAAUAUGAACUGGCCUACUAAGCUUACAGCCCAGCAGGGCAGUUUCAUUCAAACAUGAUCUCAUAAUCUUAACCGAGAUCUCUGGUUCUGUUCACGUGUCACCAUAUCCAGCUGUGGCAGUGUUAGUAAUAUAGAGUCACGUCAUGUUCUUUGAGCUAAUAUAGCAUUCCUACUAAGAAGUUUUCUUUCUAGACUUUCAGCUGGGUUUCAUUUGUCAUCAUAAAAGCAGUCACUGUUAGCACGAGUCCUUUGCAUAUUUUCAUUAGGGUAGAGAAUCAUACCUUACUGUCAAAAUGCAAGUCUUCUGUUCUGCCUCAUCUAGGACUGAUGCAAUAUUUUAUUAAAUCAUUGGGAGGGUGAGUUAUUGGUGGACAUUUCUGAAGUUGCAAAUGUCUUGCACUACCUAACUACUGCAGUCUUCAGAUGACUUUUUAUUACAGCUAUACAGCAAUUUAAGUGUGAUUCAGAAGGUCUCAAAUAAGGUUGUCUUUUUUUAAGAUGUAAAUUAAAUCAAAGAAUGUAAAACUUCUUUACUGUGUUUAUUGACCCUCAUGCUAAAGGUCCAAAGUAUUCCAUAGUUAAAGAACAGUCACAAUGUAGAAGGUACGCCUCAUUGUUUUACUAAUCACCUGCUUCUGUAGUUUAUGGUUAAGUAGGGAUAACCUGUGAAAGAAAGAAUACAAAUCUUUGAGGUGACAGUCUUCUGCUAAAUUCCAUGUUUGCACUUGAGGGAAGCAGCAGCAGCUUGCUUUUCAUGCAUGAUAAAACUCUAAAAAUUAAGCUAUGAAAAUAAUUUGUUCUGAUUAUCAGUAAAUGUUUGUCUUUAAAUUUAGUGCUUCCAAUCUACAUAAAAUAGCUAAUCUGAAUCAAGGACCAAUUUUAAACUAUUUUAUCACUUAUUUUAUGAUUUCUGUUCAAACCAGACCUGAAAUUUGCUUACGGCACUGUGCAUUGCUUAAUAUUUCCUGUAAGUACAGUUGUAUAUCCAGAUUGCAAUUAUGAAGAUUAAAUAUUAGGAAAAAAAAGUAGAAUACUAGGGUUAGCACGGUUGUCAUUAAUGCCCUAGAACACAAAACACUGCAUCAUCAGUGUUUCAUUGUGUUAUGAUUGAAAAUAUGUACAGUUUUUUGCAAUAACUGUUCAUUUUAACCGUGAAUGUUUCUGAAGGCCUCUUUGGGUUUUGUUAAACAUUACCUGUUCAUAAGCACUAGUAAUAAAAAUGCAGAGUUCCUGUUUGCUUUUAGAUGCUACAAUGGAAAUACCAGUUGACAGUUUAACUGAGAAAUUCUCUGUAACUUAAUCUCAGACAUCAACUCCAUAAUGGGGAAGAAAGUAUAAGAACUCUAUAGUUAAAUAUUUAAAUAAUGGUUUGUGUGCCUCUUUGGCGGGUGAUGUUUUGAAAUUUAGCUCAACUGUCUUACAGUGUGUAUCUAAAUCUUUCCGUGCAUCUCCCGUUAAGAGUUUGUUGCAACAAAGACCAAACCUGGACUGCUAAUAUAACCACAUUGCAAGAACUAGGUUUUGAGACUUGGAAGGGCAUCUGUAUUCCAAUGCUUUGUAAGGAGAUUGUAUUUCUAAAUUCACAUAUGGUGUACUCAUAAAUGACGACAAUAAAACUUUAAUCUUUUCUAGA